AUGCCAGGAAGAUAUACAACACUUCAUCACGUUCGUGGACCUCCACUUCCUAUUGCGAUAUGUCCUGCGUCGUUCAUGCUCAAUGGGGAUGGGAGUGCUGCAUUGCAAGGUUUUUGCGCAGCUGUAUGCGAGCUCUCGCGUCCCUUAAGAGCGUUCUCGGCUCCGAGAAGUCAAUACGAGUACUCUAUGAGUACUGGCACGUUAAUACCACCAUAUACACGUCACCCCACGAAUCCCAAAGUAGGCAAAAUAAAACACGUCAAAUGGUUUCUCACUGCGCUCAAGGAUAAUGAGUUCACUGAUCUUCCGGCAUUGAAUACCUAG